AAGACAUCAACCCCCCAAACACACACACACACACACAGAUUGAUUAGCUGAGUCUGUUUGUGUUUGGAGGGGGAUGUUUGCAGUGUUUGGCAAAGAUGAGCACUGUGGUGGCUCCGCUCAUGAGGGUGAGCGAGGGCGAGUCUGACAGACCAGGGGGGCGGGGAAGAAAAAGGUUGAAGAAAAGAGAACACAGCAACUCUUUUUUAAUGAAUGAAUGAAGCAGACGGAGGACUUGUUUUUCGGGUUUCUGGCGGUGAUGGUACUGUGGGGUUCUUGGCGUUCUCUCUUUCUCUUUUCAUUUUUUCUCUUCUAUUCUGUUUAUCUUUCUUCGUCCCAUGCACACUUUCUUUCCUCUCCUUUCUCUAUGUUUUCUCUUACUCAAUCGCACGCCCCUGGCACACACCUAUGUUGCAUAUUCACCUUCCAGGAGGGCCAGAGAUGUAACUAACAUGGCACAGCUGUAGCGCUGCCCUCUUUGGCGCCCGCGUGCCAACAUGGGGCUCGGUUGCCGCAAGCUGCAGGAGCACCGAUCUGUUCAUGCUAAGGGCUGUGCAGGAGAGAAAGACAGAUCAGCUCUCAGCCAUGAGGCUUUCCUGCUCAUGGCAAACUCCCAGAAUGACAUGGAGGAUUGGGUCAAAGCCAUUAGACGUGUCAUCUGGGCUCCCUUUGGAGGAGGUAUCUUUGGCCAGCGCCUGGAGGACACAGUACAGUAUGAGAGAAAGUUUGGACCCCGACUGGCCCCUCUGCUGGUGGAGCAGUGUGUGGAUUUCAUACGGGAGCAGGGUCUGAAAGAGGAAGGUCUCUUUAGGAUGCCAGGACAGGCCAACCUGGUCAAAGAACUGCAGGAUGCUUUUGACUGUGGGGAUAAACCUCUGUUUGACAGUAACACUGAUGUUCACACAGUGGCGUCCCUCCUGAAGCUUUACCUCAGGGAGUUGCCAGAGCCUGUGAUCCCCUUUAACAAAUAUGAGGACUUUCUAACCUGUGCACAGCUUCUGCUAAAAGAUGAAGAAGUGGGACUCAGUGAGCUUGUGAUGCAGGUGAACACUCUUCCUCAGGCUAAUUAUAAUUUGUUAAAGUACAUUUGCAAAUUCUUAGAUGAGGUGCAGUCACACGCGAAUGAGAACAAGAUGAGCGUUCAGAACCUUGCAACAGUUUUUGGACCAAAUAUCCUUCGGCCUAAAGUAGAGGACCCUGUUUCAAUGAUGGAAGGAACCUCCCAGGUUCAGCAGCUGAUGACGGUGUUGAUCAGUGAACAUGAGCGUCUGUAUGUGGGGACUGAGGGAGAUGUGUCCUCCGAGCAGACAGGAAGUUGUCUUCCAGGUCAGCGAGGCAUGGUGGAGUGGAUCUCUGAUGAGGAGAUGCUGAACUGCUCAUCGCUGGGCCAGAUCUCCAAAGUGGCAGAUAGUGUGUGUGGCAGUGCCACGUCUUUAGAUAUCAACACAGGUGCCCCUACCACUGCCAAAAUGACACCUCAGGGAAAAGCUGGGGUGACGGUCAGCCCCAGCAAACAGGUGAAAUCCCUCCCCUCCUGGAAAUACUCCUUCAAGAGCGGAGGGGUACGUGCUCAGUCUGCAAAAAUUGGGGGCUCGUCUGUGGACGUGUCUACCUUGCCCAGUACAGGCAACUGGUUGAUGAACGGGCUUUCCUCUCUGCGCAGCCACCGCCGUACAUCAUCAGGAGAGCGCAUGGGCAAGGAUUCAGCCUUGUCACACCGUCUGUCCACUUACGACAACGUGACCUCAUCCAGUCUCAGCGUACCCAGCGUCGCGAGCACGCCCUGGUCCACAUCUUCCUGUGAGAUCUUAGUGGCCGACUCUGUGGGCAGUGACCCCUCUGGACUGAACUCUGAGAAGGUGGAUUGGUCAGCUGGAGGGUCUGUCCAAGGGCAAAGUGAAGACAGGAAUUCGGAGGUCACUGAGAGCAGCGAAGCACUGGAAAUGUGUGUGAGCAGUGCAGGCUGCAGUGAGAACGGAAAUGGAGAAGAUGCGGAGAACGUCACAGGAGAUACUGAUAUUAACACGACAGCACUUAACAGCCUGGUAACAGAGUUGAAAGACGAGUUAAAGAAACAGAAGGCCAACUACGAAUCUCGAAUACGAAGGCUGGAGGAAUCAAGUGUCACUAUGCGUAACCAAAUGGAGAGGCUAGAGGAGAAGCUGGACCAGGAGAAGAAAAAGUAUCUCAUGCUAGAAAUUAAACUCCGUAACUCUGAGCGAGCCCGUGAGGAUGCAGAGACCCGCAACCGCUUACUUCAGAACGAGAUGGAGGAGUUCUUCUCCACUUUGGGAGAUCUUACAUUGGGAACAAGGACAAGCUAGAUUUGACUGGACCUCUAGCAGGCCUCCUGAUUUAACACUGAUAGACUAUGUGUUUGUUGUAGAUAAAAUAUUGGAAAUCUCUCUGCUCAUGCAUCAUGAGAAUUCAGAGGUAAUUUUGUGCUGUUUUCUUAUGGCGACUUGAUCAUGUGUAGCAGUUCCACUUCUCUCUCUGAUCUUCAGUCUUACAUUUUAAAGGGAUAAUUCACACAAAAAUACAAAUUCAUUGUAGUGCACAUUUUGUGUGUGGAACAUACAAUGUUCUUAAUGACAAGUGAACUAUUCCUUUAAGGUGCCAUUAAUUUCUUAGCAUUCAUCACUUGCAUAACCUAACCUGCACAGAUAAUACCAAAGCAUGACAUUUCUAACCAGACUGUUUUCAUUAUUGGCCUCUCACAUAAGGCAGGUUAUUUUAAUGGCAUUUCCUGUUAAUGCAUGGUAUGAAAUAUGUCCUGCUGAGUUGUCUCUUGAGGAUUUGGGGAAUGAUCACACCAUCCUUUUUCAUCCAAAUUCUACAUCAUUUACAACCAGUCACCAUAUACGUACAAGCUGCAUCCCAUCACACUGUGCCUCGCACUUCCAGACGAGAUGAGAUCAACUUUUACACCAUCAGACCUCACAGACACAAACUCUUUUCAGCAAAUCCCUUUAUUGUAAGUAAAAUGCACUAGAAGAAAAUACUUUAUUUCAGAUUAGAUGAGGUAACACCAUCCAAACUGUUAAAAUCUCAACUCUCAAAAGAUUACUUCAGCUGCAAGAUUGCCAAGGCUAGUAUUUAUUUAAGCUUAUUAAUGUACCUAGAACUAUUUCUCAGGUGGUGUUUUUCAAAACACUCAAUGAAUGAGUGUCUUUAUAUAAUAUAGAUGAUGGAACUAAGGCUGACAUAUACUUGAAUGUGUUAUAGUAGCUUUUUUUAAGUAUGCACAUACUGUAUGUUCGUGUGAUCGUUUUUUGUUUCUUCUGUUAAUUGAUUGCUGAAUGCAGAAAGUGCCAAAGUAGAGGGCUUUAAAAAAAUGGGUGUUUUAAUUCAAAUGAAGACUGACCAGUCUUCAUAAUAAAUUGCCGUUGUCAUCAAAAUAAUUUUGUGACUUUAUUGAAAGGAAAGUCUGAUGCUACAUAAGUCAUACACAGUUUCAUCUAAAAAAGAAAAAUGGA